CAGCAUCACCGGCCGCCGAGGGGGCUGCGGCGGCGACUCCGCGGACGCUGGGCACGCGGAGCGCUCGAAGCUGCUGUGGGUGAGACCCGGACUGAUGGCGAGGCUCCGGCGGGCCGCCCGCGCCUGAGGCGCCGCGCCCCGCCCCGCCCGGCCCCGCCUGCCCAGCCCUGCGCCCGACGGCGGCAGCCUGGGCGCUUCCUAGUCCGCGCGGGCGGCAGCCCAGGCGAGGUGCGGCCUCCGCUCAAGCGUGGGGCAUCGACACCGCGGGCUCGCCAUGGCCGCGUCCGAGCUCUACACAAAGUUUGCCAGGGUUUGGAUACCUGAUCCUGAGGAAGUCUGGAAGUCAGCAGAGCUGCUCAAAGAUUAUAAGCCUGGAGAUAAAGUCCUGUUGCUUCAGCUUGAGGAAGGAAAGGAUUUGGAAUAUCGUCUCGAUCCAAAGACCAAGGAACUGCCUCACUUAAGAAACCCUGACAUACUCGUGGGUGAAAAUGACCUCACGGCCCUCAGCUAUCUUCAUGAGCCUGCUGUGCUCCACAAUCUCAGAGUCCGCUUUAUUGAUUCCAAACUUAUUUAUACAUAUUGUGGUAUAGUCCUAGUUGCUAUAAAUCCUUAUGAACAGCUGCCUAUUUAUGGCGAAGAUAUUAUCAAUGCAUAUAGUGGUCAGAACAUGGGUGAUAUGGAUCCACAUAUCUUUGCAGUUGCUGAAGAAGCUUAUAAGCAAAUGGCCAGAGAUGAACGAAAUCAGUCGAUCAUUGUAAGUGGAGAGUCUGGAGCAGGAAAAACAGUCUCAGCUAAGUACGCUAUGCGAUACUUUGCAACUGUAAGUGGUUCUGCCAGUGAAGCCAAUGUUGAAGAAAAGGUCUUGGCCUCCAACCCCAUCAUGGAGUCAAUUGGAAAUGCUAAGACAACCAGGAAUGAUAAUAGCAGCCGUUUUGGGAAGUAUAUUGAGAUUGGUUUUGAUAAGAGAUAUCGAAUCAUUGGUGCCAAUAUGAGAACUUACCUUUUAGAAAAAUCCCGAGUGGUGUUCCAGGCAGAAGAGGAAAGAAACUAUCAUAUCUUUUAUCAACUUUGUGCCUCAGCAAAGUUACCUGAAUUUAAGAUGCUCCGAUUAGGAAAUGCAAAUCACUUUCAUUACACCAAGCAAGGUGGCAGUCCUGUAAUUGAAGGAGUUGACGAUGCCAAGGAGAUGGCACAUACCAGGCAGGCCUGCACUUUGCUAGGAAUUAGUGAAUCUUAUCAGAUGGGAAUUUUCCGAAUACUUGCUGGCAUUCUUCACUUAGGCAACGUUGGAUUUACAUCUCGAGAUUCAGACAGCUGUACAAUACCUCCCAAGCAUGAACCUCUCAGCAUCUUCUGUGACCUCAUGGGCGUGGACUAUGAGGAGAUGUGUCACUGGCUCUGCCACCGGAAGCUGGCUACUGCCACGGAGACAUACAUCAAGCCCAUCUCCAAGCUGCAGGCUACGAAUGCCCGUGAUGCUUUGUCCAAGCACAUCUAUGCCAAGCUCUUUAACUGGAUUGUAGAUCAUGUCAAUCAGGCUCUCCAUUCCGCUGUCAAACAGCACUCCUUUAUUGGUGUGCUGGACAUUUAUGGAUUUGAAACAUUUGAGAUAAACAGUUUUGAACAGUUUUGCAUAAAUUAUGCAAAUGAAAAACUACAGCAACAAUUCAAUAUGCAUGUCUUCAAAUUAGAACAAGAAGAAUAUAUGAAGGAACAAAUCCCAUGGACUCUCAUAGAUUUUUAUGAUAAUCAGCCUUGCAUUAAUCUUAUAGAGUCUAAGCUGGGCAUUCUAGAUUUGCUGGAUGAGGAAUGCAAAAUGCCUAAAGGCACAGAUGACACUUGGGCCCAAAAAUUGUACAACACACAUUUGAACAAAUGUGCACUCUUUGAAAAACCUCGUCUAUCAAACAAAGCUUUCAUCAUUCAACAUUUUGCUGACAAAGUGGAAUACCAGUGUGAAGGCUUUCUGGAAAAGAAUAAAGACACUGUUUUUGAGGAACAAAUUAAAGUUCUUAAAUCAAGCAAGUUUAAGAUGCUACCAGAAUUAUUUCAAGAUGAUGAGAAGGCCAUUAGUCCAACCUCAGCCACCUCUUCAGGGCGUACGCCCCUCACUCGCCUUUCUGCAAAGCCCACCAAAGGUCGACCAGGUCAGACGGCCAAAGAGCACAAGAAAACGGUGGGGCACCAGUUCCGAAAUUCCCUUCAUCUGCUAAUGGAGACCCUCAAUGCCACCACCCCUCAUUAUGUGCGCUGUAUUAAGCCUAAUGAUUUCAAGUUCCCAUUCACGUUUGAUGAGAAGAGGGCAGUACAGCAGCUGAGAGCAUGUGGUGUCCUGGAGACCAUCCGAAUCAGUGCGGCAGGGUUCCCCUCACGGUGGACUUACCAAGAAUUUUUCAGCCGUUACCGUGUCCUAAUGAAGCAGAAAGAUGUACUGAGUGACAGAAAGCAGACAUGUAAGAAUGUAUUAGAGAAACUGAUUCUGGACAAGGACAAAUACCAGUUUGGUAAGACAAAGAUCUUUUUCCGUGCCGGUCAAGUGGCCUACCUAGAAAAAUUGAGGGCAGACAAGCUGAGGGCUGCCUGUAUUCGGAUCCAGAAGACAAUCCGAGGGUGGCUGCUGCGGAAGAAGUACCUGCGCAUGCGGAAGGCAGCCAUCACUGUGCAGAGAUAUGUGCGAGGCUACCAGGCCCGAUGCUACGCUAAGUUCCUGCGCAGAACCAAGGCAGCCACCGUCAUUCAGAAGUACUGGCGCAUGUAUGUAGCCCACAGGAAGUAUAAAAUUACACGAGCUGCCACUAUUGUUCUUCAGUCUUAUUUGCGAGGCUACUUGGCUAGAAAUAGGUAUCGCAAGAUACUCCGUGAGCACAAAGCAGUCAUCAUUCAGAAGUGGGUCCGGGGCUGGCUGGCUCGCACCUACUACAAGAAGACCAUGCAUGCCAUCAUUUACCUUCAGUGUUGCUUUCGGCGGAUGAUGGCCAAGCGUGAGCUGAAGAAGCUCAAGAUCGAGGCCCGCUCUGUGGAACGCUAUAAGAAACUCCACAUCGGCAUGGAGAACAAGAUUAUGCAGCUACAGCGCAAAGUUGAUGAGCAGAACAAAGACUACAAAUGCCUCAUGGAGAAAUUGACCAAUCUGGAAGGAACAUACAACUCUGAGACUGAAAAACUACGAAGUGACUUAGAACGUCUUCAACUAAGUGAGGAGGAAGCUAAGAUUGCCACUGGAAGGGUUCUCAGUCUACAGGAAGAAAUCGCCAAGCUCCGGAAAGACCUGGAACAAACUCGGUCAGAGAAAAAAUCCAUUGAGGAACGUGCAGAUAAAUACAAACAAGAAACUGAGCAGCUGGUAUCAGUUCUGAAGGAAGAAAAUACUUUGCUGAAGCAGGAAAAAGAGGCCCUCAAUCACCUCAUUGUGGAACAGGCUAAGGAGAUGACAGAGACUAUGGAAAAGAAGUUAGUAGAAGAAACAAAACAACUGGAACUUGAUCUUAAUGAUGAAAGGCUGAGAUAUCAGAACCUUCUGAAUGAGUUUAGUCGCUUAGAAGAACGAUAUGAUGACCUCAAGGAAGAGAUGGCUCUGAUGGUGAAUGUGCCGAAGCCUGGACACAAGAGAACAGACUCUACCCACAGCAGCAACGAGUCCGAAUACACCUUUAGCUCUGAAAUUGCAGAAACUGAAGACAUUCCAUUGAGGACAGAGGAGCCAAGUGAGAAGAAGGUACCUUUGGAUAUGUCAUUGUUCCUCAAGCUCCAGAAGCGGGUCACAGAGCUGGAGCAAGAGAAGCAGAUGAUGCAGGAUGAGCUGGACCGCAAGGAGGAGCAGGUGCUCCGCAGCAAGGCAAAGGAAGAAGAACGACCACAAAUCAGAGGUGCAGAACUGGAAUAUGAGUCACUCAAGCGUCAAGAACUGGAAUCAGAAAACAAAAAACUGAAAAAUGAGCUAAAUGAAUUACGCAAGGCCCUUAGUGAGAAAAGUGCCCCCGAGGUGACCGCUCCGGGUGCACCAGCGUACCGUGUCCUCAUGGAGCAGCUGACCUCCGUGAGUGAGGAGCUAGAUGUCCGCAAGGAGGAAGUCCUCAUCUUGAGGUCUCAGCUGGUGAGCCAGAAAGAGGCCAUCCAACCCAAGGAUGACAAGAAUACAAUGACAGAUUCCACAAUACUUUUGGAAGAUGUACAGAAAAUGAAAGAUAAAGGCGAAAUAGCACAAGCAUACAUUGGUUUGAAAGAAACAAACAGAUCAUCUGUGGAUUUCCAUGAGCUGAAUGAGGAUGGAGAGCUGUGGCUGGUUAAUGAAGGGUUAAAACAAACCAACAGGCUCCUGGAAUCCCAGCUCCAGUCUCAGAAGAGGAGCCACGAGAACGAGGCCGAAGCCCUCCGUGGGGAGAUCCAAAGCCUGAAGGAAGAGAACAACCGGCAGCAGCAGCUGCUGGCCCAGAACCUGCAGCUGCCCCCGGAGGCCCGCAUUGAGGCCAGCCUGCAGCAUGAGAUCACCCGGCUGACCAACGAGAAUUUGUAUUUUGAGGAAUUACAUGCAGAUGACCCUAAGAAGUAUCAAUCAUAUCGGAUUUCACUUUACAAACGGAUGAUUGAUUUGAUGGAGCAACUUGAAAAACAAGAUAAGACUGUACGGAAACUGAAAAAACAACUGAAAGUUUUUGCCAAAAAAAUUGGUGAACUAGAAGUGGGCCAGAUGGAGACCAUAUCCCCAGGGCAGAUCAUUGAUGAGCCCAUCCGUCCAGUCAACAUCCCCAGGAAAGAGAAGGAUUUCCAAGGAAUGCUGGAGUACAAGAAGGAGGAUGAGCAAAAGCUUGUUAAAAACCUGAUUCUGGAGCUGAAGCCACGUGGUGUAGCAGUCAAUUUGAUUCCAGGGUUACCAGCAUAUAUCCUAUUUAUGUGUGUUCGACAUGCUGACUACCUGAAUGACGAUCAGAAAGUAAGGUCGUUGCUAACAUCGACAAUUAACAGCAUCAAAAAAGUAUUAAAGAAAAGAGGUGAUGAUUUUGAAACUGUUUCCUUCUGGCUCUCUAACACUUGCCGAUUUUUGCACUGUUUGAAGCAGUACAGCGGAGAAGAGGGCUUCAUGAAGCACAACACGUCGCGCCAGAAUGAACACUGCCUCACCAACUUCGACCUGGCUGAGUACCGGCAGGUGCUAAGUGACUUGGCCAUUCAGAUCUACCAGCAGCUGGUGCGGGUGUUGGAGAACAUCCUUCAGCCCAUGAUCGUCUCAGGCAUGCUGGAGCAUGAGACCAUUCAGGGUGUGUCCGGGGUGAAGCCCACCGGGCUACGGAAGCGCACCUCCAGCAUCGCUGACGAGGGCACCUACACACUGGACUCCAUCCUCCGGCAGCUCAACUCCUUCCAUUCGGUCAUGUGUCAGCACGGCAUGGACCCUGAGCUGAUCAAGCAGGUGGUCAAGCAGAUGUUCUACAUCGUGGGGGCCAUCACGCUGAACAACCUCCUCCUGCGAAAGGACAUGUGCUCCUGGAGUAAAGGCAUGCAGAUCAGGUACAAUGUCAGUCAACUGGAAGAGUGGCUGCGUGACAAGAAUCUGAUGAACAGUGGGGCUAAAGAAACCCUGGAACCUCUCAUUCAGGCUGCUCAGCUUCUGCAGGUGAAAAAGAAAACAGAUGACGACGCCGAGGCCAUCUGCUCCAUGUGCAAUGCUUUAACCACCGCCCAGAUCGUCAAAGUGUUGAAUUUGUACACGCCGGUGAAUGAGUUUGAAGAAAGAGUUUCCGUGUCAUUUAUCCGUACUAUACAGAUGCGUUUACGAGACAGGAAAGACUCUCCUCAGCUGCUCAUGGAUGCUAAACACAUCUUUCCUGUCACCUUUCCUUUUAACCCGUCCUCCCUUGCACUAGAAACCAUACAGAUUCCAGCCAGCCUGGGCCUGGGGUUCAUAUCCCGAGUCUGAAAGUGAUGUCAAGGCAAACAGUGACAAUACUUUUCUUGCCUGAAAUAAGAACCCACUAUUUCCAGUGAGCUCCUGAAAACACAUUUGUAAAGAAAACACAGUGGUCAGCUUCUAGACAAGAGGUCAUUAAUUUGCAUCACCUUGGAAAGAAAGUUACGCUCCUUUGUAGCAACACUCCCCGGUGACUUGUUAGGCAUCCUGAGUUUAUGUGCAGGAGAAUGGCAGAAGGAAGGGAAAAAUGUGUCUUCAGCUGCUAGCAUUUAUUUUAAAUCUUCAGCACUGCAUCUAAAUGGUAUAAAAAAACAUAAAUUCUAGAUAUGAGCUGAUGUUAGCAAGGUACCAACGGAAACCCCCCUCUGUGAUAACCAGAAGAAAAAUCAAUAUUGAGUACAUAUCCUAUCAGUUUAGGAAUCAAUGUUGAUGUUGUCAAACUGGAUCCAAGAAAUAAACUGGCAAUAUGUAUAGUAGUUAGUAAAGUAACUCUCUUAUAUGUGUCAUUAUGACGUAGAGGUGUAAAAAGAAUGCUGGUUUGCUAUAUAGCAUAGAAGUCCAUUUGUACUGUAGCUUCCUGAGCAUUUUAAAUUGCUGCUACAUACUGUGUUCUUUAAAAUGUAAGUGAUUGAUAGAUACUCUUAUUAGGUACUACAACAAUAAGCUUCUCGUUUAUCAGUUUUGUUUACAAUUCAAUCAGAUCACAGUUUCAACUGGAUUGUGUGCAAAUAUCUGCAGAUCCCCUAUACGCGUAGCAGACACUGGAAAGUCACGUAGUAAUAAAUGUUAGACUUUGAGGGGUGGGAUUCGACAGGACGGCAACUGUUGCUGCCAUGACUUUUUCAGGACGCGUUGCACCGAUGUGCUCAUCGUUUCUCCCUGGGCGGGUAUCACAGCAGGUGUGGUGUUCUGUGAAGUGACUUAUUUUUAGUUCCCAGAGCUGGCUCCCGCAGUGCAUAUAUUCAGCCCUGACAGGUUUUCUUUCUUCUUAAUUUAUUAAGAAUUCGUCUCAGUCACUAUCUAGAGAACAUUGUCAGCGUAUUCAUGAUUCAGGUCUUAAAAACCUUGAUUAUCCUAUAAAUUAAGCAAAAGAAGUAUAAUAAAUAUGAUUCCAUUUUUUUAGGCUUGCAACUUCUAUACAUGUUCUCAGUACUACUAGAUACUUUAAAGAGCAUCCAUCAGGUUAGAAAUACUUUGACAUAGAUAAGAAAUAGAAGAAGAUUGCUGAAUUUUACAGAGGAUUUGGCUCGAUAAGACCCAGAUUCUAUGUUUUUAUUCUGAAACUCCAAUUAAAUGUAUUCUGCAUUUUUUCUUAGAUAUCUUAUACAAUAAAUCUUUCAAGUUGUGCAAAAGCAAAUUCAUUAGAAACUCUGGUUCUGCAUUACAAUCAUAGAUUUAUAUAAUUUAACUCCUAGAUGGUUUAUAAAAAUGACAUUUUAUUAAAAUAUGUGCAAUAUUAUUGAUGGAAGUCAAAACAAUUUCGAAUCAAUGAUAAAGAUUGUUAUUAAAAGAUAAAUACUGUCUGUUAACUUAUUUGGGCCUCAAAUUCCUCUUUUACACAGUAAGAGGGUUGGACAGCCAAGUCCUAAGGUCCCUUCCGUGUCUAACAUCCUCUCCUCUCCGAGCUUGGUUCCUAGAGAAAUGGGCUGAGUUCCUCAGUAUGUUUAUGCAAAGACCAGUAUUUGGUGCCCGUUAAGUCUGAGGGGUUAAUAAAAUGUAGUGUCACAAAUCUGUGAAGCUAUAGCCGCCUUCAGUGUACAUGAUUUAUGUCCAUGCUUUUAGAAAGUUACAUUUUGGUAAUUUUUAUUGUUAUGUACUGCUGUAUUCAGUUUGUAUACAUUUAUUUAUUUGCAAAACUAACCCAAACACUACUAAUUCAUUCAGGUUCUCUCAAUUUUGCCAGGUUUGUCAAUGUGGCUUUUGAUGAACUCAUAACCAUUUGGUUAGUACUGAAUGUGUCAUAGUUUAAGAGCAUGGAUGGGACUUGGGUGGGGAAAUGCUUAAACAGACAGUGCCUCCAUGGUGUCCACGGUCCACCUCUGGCCCAGAAACCUCCCAGCCCUCCCAGCUCAGUGCUGUGUCACGUGUCCCAUGCACGUCCUCAGUCUCGUCAGGUCUUCAGGGUCACUCUGGGGCUCCCACUGCCAUCGCAGCUCUUUCUCUUACCCCUAGACAACUCGUAUACUGAAGUGUCUCUAGUCUGGGCCUGUGUCUGUCUCCUGAGUGCUGUCUCUGCUGAAAGGGCUGCAGCUUCCUCCAAGCCCUGCUCGGAAUCCCAGGUAGGGGUCUGGAUUAUCUUCUCUUAGCAGCCUGAAGAUACUUAGUCACAACUAGAGCACCCUACCAGCAGGGACCCCCACAGCCCGCUAAUGACCCUGUGUGCUACUUGAGGAUGCAGCAAUAUUCCGCUGACUCUGGGAAUCCUUUGGCCACUUUGAGGACUGCACACCCUUCCUUCUGUCCAUCCACACUUUCUCUUGCAGCUUCAAGCACACCUCCAGCAGCCUUUCACCCACCCAUUUAUCUGUUCACUCUUCCCCUCCCUCCCGCAAACUCGCUGUCCCAUCACCAGCCUACUUCCUGAUCUGACUGCUGCAGUCAGUGGGUGGAGUCAGUCCUCAGCCGCCCCCAGCCUGCCUGGUGGCUUCCUUUCCGGCCAAUCUUAGUACAAUUUCUUCUUACUUCUCUCGUACAUUCUUCAACAUUUUCACCAAUUUACUUUUUUAUAAUACUUCUCGGACACACAAGAGGAAUUCAAAGGAAGAUCUUGAAACAACAGCAGCUCAUUGUCUUAAUAGCCCCUUCGGAAUACUCUGCCCCCACUCCUUACCUACAGAUGCAGCUCCCACCUUGGAAUGCGAAGUUGAAAAAUUAGAGGCGGUUUCCCUUACUGCUUUUCUUCCGUUAAGGUUUUGAUCUGCCUGAGAAGAUGAAUGUGGCAUAAAGUCCAUGAAUGUGGUUUCACAAUUCCUUUGGAGGUUUUCAAUAAUCCCCAUAUACCUGACACUUCUUUUGUAGGAGCAGAAGUGCAAAUGUAUAUAUUCCAAAGCCAAUUAAAAGGAGCUUGGGGGAUUUGAAUUAGUAUGAUUUGCUUUAUUUUAAUGGAUAAUUUAGAAUUGGCUUUUUCUGAGUAUAUGUAAUGUAGAUCAAUCUUUUAAUAACUGGGGGAGGCUAUGAAAAUACUUUAUUAGAAUUUCAGUACAGUGAUUAUUGUGAGAAAUUACUUCCCUGGUGACCCUAGGUAAAGGGGCACCUGCCACUGUCCUGAGAAGAUCUCACCCAGUGUUUCUCUGUCCCUCCCUUCCCCUUCCCUCCCCCUCCCAUAAAACACUCACUCACAGAGUCACCAGUUCACAGAGUUCCCCAGGAAGCACGGUCAAGUAUCCUCUGGGUAACUUCAACUAUUCAGGAUAAAACAGAAAGCAAAAAUUACUGUUUGACCCUUAAAUUCUCUUGUUGAAAGCUGCACAGAACAGUAUCAUGCAUUGGCUAUGCUUUACUUCAGUGCGCUCUCUGUUACCUCACUGUCUCCUCACAGCAGCAUUGGAAGGUAGAAAAUGUAGCCACACUCGUCUGCUGAUAUUUGAGAGAGAGGUAAGGUCAGACUUGCCAGAGGUCCCGCAGCCCCCCAGCCAAGCCGCCUUCCCGUGUGCAGCAGUAGCAGUGUGGGCGGAAGCAGCGAGGACACUUGAACUAGUCCUGAGGUUACAUCUGUUCCCCUUGGUACCUGUGGGGUGGCCGGAUCAGCAAGAGGCGCUCCUUCUCUUUAUCAGAGUUAGCAGCUGGCAUAUGGGAACUGAGCAGUGAGCAAUACCGAGCAGCAGUUCUUUGUGCUAAUGAGAUAAAGAGCCUAGAGCCCGGUAGUUUUCCUUCCGUCAUAGUUACCGGCUAUGACUAGGUUUGACUUAAUGUAAUGAAUCAGUGCUCCCUUGGAGGGUGCAGUACUUUGUUCUUAGGUCAUUAAUUAGAAGCAGGCUGUCUCUGCCUGAUGGAAAGCAGUGAACGCCUCUCCAAAGUGAAGAGGAAGGUCACUCUCAAUACACCCCGCUCUGCCAGCCAGGGUUGUUUGAACAUCGCUGUGUGUGCAUGCUGCCAGUGUUUACUGUGGAGCUAGGAGGUGUGCUGUGUGCAUGCGUGUUAGAGAGACUGUGUAUUGCCGUGGCCUCUACUCAUGAAUAAGUGCAUUGUAAUUUCUUCUCAGGCUGUGCUGUGAGGGCCGCCUUAACCCCUGCUCCCUUCCCUCCUGGAGCUGCCUUAAGUUCUCUGCAACUUUUCCUCUGUAAGGGGACACAUUGCCUGGAGAGAAUAUCAAGCCCUGUUUCUCAAGGUUUUGUGAGGGUUUUGGUUGGGUGUGGCCUCCAACCACUAAUUCCUCUCUCCCCAGUCUGCAUGAUCCUCCCCCACCUAUUACUUCCUCCUUUCUUUUCUGCUAGUUCUAGACAGGUAUUAGCAUUCUGAGGCAGCAGCAGUCUCAGAGAGAGCCAGGGAAAUGCGGGCUUAGAAAGUGUUCCUGAGUUCAGCGGGCUCUGUGUCACAAGGAAGCAGAUGAACAUGGAGAAGAAACACAGAGAUGUUAGAGUCUGAGUGAUAUUUAAAUGGCUUGUUUUCCACUGACCUUUUCUUAAUGAAGAGUAUAACUGUAAAACUUUUCAUGGACAUUCUUUAAAAAUUUUUUUGAGAAACUGGUACAAUAAAAGAUUGAAAACAAGAAAGAGUGCUAUAAAUUCUAAUCUACUGUAUUACCCUAAAUUAAAUCAGCCUGGAGUUAGUGGAUUUUCAGUAGAUCAGGGACUAAAAAGUACUAGGUAACAUAUCUGCCAAAAUGCAUUUUAUACCUUUUUUAUUUUAUAAUUUGGUCUAGCUAAAAUGUUCAUUUGCUUAAUUUAAUGAGUGUUAUUAGAGUCAUAAAUAUCUGAAAAUGACUUUUUAAUAUUGUAAUAUUGCCUGAAAUAUUUGAAAGAAAAAUGUUUUUGAGUUGAAACUGGAAUGUAUAAUUCAAUGCUUGGUAGGUCAGUACAUUUUUAUGCAUUUUUCAAAUAUCUUAUUGUUACCAUAUGUUGUAAAAUUUUAGACUGCAUUUCAGGCUUUCUAAAUCAUUUGAGCCAUUUAAUUUUUUUCCAACAAAUGGUGAUUUUUUCCCUUUAAAUGUGGAUAUGUAUAUUGUAAUUUAUGAUUCUUAGUUAUGUAUUUUUGUGGAAUCCUGGAAGUAACGUUGACUUUUUUGUGUCUUGGAAAUUUAAAUUGCUCUAACAGUGUUGCACAGAAAUGAGUUCAUGACACUUAACACUGUAUUUUAAUUAUUAACUUUAAUUGUUCAUUGACUGUGAGAUGGAUAUGCUUUUUAACUAAAAUGAAAUCGAACAUUGCAAUUUUCCAAAUAGUUUUUCUUGUCGGACCUGGCAAAGGAAUUCUACUUUGAGCUACACAGAAAAACAAACUACAGCUCAUCUUUUAAAAGUUCUUAGGUACAGUAUUCAUCCAUGAAAAAGGAAGCAGCGGUACUGAAAAAUGAAAGGCAUUAUCAACCCACUCCAGUUUUAAACAGAACCCAUCCCAGCAUAUCUCACAUGGACUUUUUAAAAAUAAGUUAAUAAUUCACCUCAUAUCAACAAAAGAUGUCAACUAGUGCUAAGAUGAAAACCAAAACAAAAUCAGAUUGACAUUUAAGCUUUGUAGUUGUCUAAUGUUGUACUUAGUAAGUGUGCGUCAUUAAUGCUGUAUUCUCCUAGCUAUUAUAGAAAAUUGUUCAAAUAAAGGUAUGGAUAUAAUG